CACUUUCAUUCUGUGUCUGUAGCGUUUGGUCAAAAUGAAUGUCACGACCCUGGUAUUCCCAUCAAUGGGCAGCGCUUUGGAGAGCACUUCUUAUUGGGAAGCUCAGUGCUCUUCACAUGCGACGAGGGCUUUAUUAAAACCCACGGAUCUGAAUCCAUCACCUGUGUCAUCCAGGAUGGAAACGUGGUGUGGAACGCAGCCGUCCCUCGAUGCGAAGCUCCAUGUGGAGGACGUCUAACGGCUCCUGUGGGAGUCUUAUUAUCGCCUGGCUGGCCUGGAUACUACAAAGACUCGCUCAACUGUGAAUGGGUCAUCGAAGCUAGAAAGGAUCAUGCCAUCAAGAUAUCAUUUGACAGGUUUCAGACCGAGGUUAAUUACGACACACUGGAGAUUCGGGACGGGCCCUCCAACUCGUCGCCUCUAAUCGGCGAAUACCACGGCACUCAGGCCCCCCACUUCCUCAUCAGCACCAGCAAUUACAUGUAUCUGCUCUUUACCACCGACAACAGCCGCUCCAGCGAAGGCUUCCAGAUCCGCUACGAGAGCAUUAUGAUGGAGACAGAUUCCUGUUUAGAUCCAGGGAUCCCGGUGAAUGGAAAAAGGCACGGGAACAAUUUCGCUAUUGGCUCCAGUGUGACAUUCAGCUGCGAUCAAGGCUAUACUUUGAGCGAUGAGGAAGCCAUUGUGUGUGAGAGAAACCAUCAGUGGAACCAUGCGCUGCCCAGCUGUGACGCUUUGUGUGGGGGCUAUAUCUACGGGAAAACGGGAACGGUUCUUUCCCCUGGAUUUCCAGAUUUCUACCCAAACUCGCUGAACUGCACAUGGACGGUCGAGGUGUCCCGUGGGAAAGGAGUGCAGCUUCUCUUCCACACGUUCCACCUGGAGGACUCUCAUGAUUACCUGCUCAUUACAGAGGACGGCAGCUUCACUGAGCCAGUGGCCAGGCUCACAGGCUCUGUCCUGCCGCCCUCCAUCAAAGCCGGCUUGUUUGGCAACUUCAGCGUCCAGCUACGAUUUGUCUCGGACUUCUCUAUGUCAUACGAGGGCUUCAAUAUCACCUUCUCUGAGUACAGCCUUGAGCCAUGCGAGGACCCAGGUGUACCUGCAUACAGCAGGAGGGUGGGCUUCCAGUUCGGGGUUGGUGACUCGCUGGUCUUUUCCUGUUUCUCGGGCUACCGCCUUGAAGGAGAGAAUAAGAUCACUUGCCUGGGUGGAGGACGGAGAGUGUGGAGUGCAGCCCUGCCCAGGUGUGUGGCCGAGUGUGGAGCCACUUCUGUGGGAAGACAGGGUGUCCUGCUGUCCCCCAAUUACCCAGGAAAUUAUGACAACAACCAUGAGUGCAUCUACCACAUUGAGACAGAAAGAGGCAUGGGGAUUCAAAUCACUGCCACCACCUUCCAGCUUUACGAGGGAGAUUUCCUUAAAGUUUACGAUGGCCAAGACAGUUCAUCAAGACUCCUGGGCAAUUUCACAAAAACUGAGAUGAUGGAUUUUAUCCUCAACAGCACGUCCAAUCAUCUCUGGAUGGAGUUUAACAGCAAUGGUACUGGGACCAGCAAAGGAUUCAAGCUGUCAUACAGCAGUUUUGACCUUGUCAAAUGUGAGGAGCCUGGGACCCCUAAUUACGGCUACAAAAUCCAAGACGACGGCCAUUUUGCUGAAACGUACGUCUUGUACAGCUGCAAUCCUGGAUACACGCUGCAUGGUAGUGGCACGCUGACAUGCCUCAGUGGAGACCGCAGGGUUUGGAAUAAACCACUACCUUCCUGUAUAGCUGAGUGUGGAGGACACAUUAGUGGCACCACAUCUGGACGGAUCCUAUCUCCUGGUUACCCGGUCCCUUAUGACAACAACCUUCACUGCACCUGGUCCAUCGAGGCAGACACGGGCAAAACCAUCAGUCUCCACUUCAUAGUCUUUGACACGGAGGUGGAUCAUGACAUUCUGAAGGUUUGGGAUGGGCCGGCAGAAAGUGGCAUUCUGCUGAAGGAGUGGAGUGGGUCGCUGUUACCCGAGGACACUCACAGCACCUUCAACAUCCUCACGCUUCAGUUCGACAGUGAUUACUUCAUUAGCAAGUCUGGAUUCUCCAUCCAGUUCUCUACUACAGUGGCCACGACCUGCAACGACCCAGGGACCCCUCAAAACGGAUCACGCUACGGAGACAGCAGGGAGCCCGGUGAUACCAUUUCGUUUCAGUGUGACCCUGGGUACCAGAUUCAAGGAGUGUCUGAAAUCACUUGUGUUCAGCUCAACAGCCGGUUUUUCUGGCAGCCGGAUCCACCCACCUGCAUCGCUACCUGCGGGGGCAAUGUGACAGGACCUGCUGGGGUAAUUCUAUCACCCAACUAUCCUCAACCCUACCCUCCAGGAAAAGAGUGCGACUGGCGGAUUGAAGUCAACCCUGACUUUGUGGUUGCUUUAAUCUUCAAAAGUUUUAACAUGGAGCCCAGCUAUGAUUUCCUCCAUAUCUAUGAGGGUGAGGACUCCAACGGACCCCUGAUCAUCAGUCUGCAGGGCAACCAGGUUCCAGAUCGCAUUGAGAGCAGUGGAAAUAGCCUUUUUCUGGCCUUCCGCAGCGAUGCCUCCCUGGGGAUGUCUGGUUUUGCCAUUGAAUACAAAGAAAAGCCACGAGAAGCAUGCUUUGACCCUGGGAACAUUAUGAACGGAACAAGACUGGGAAUGGAUUACAAGCUGGGAUCAAGUGUGACAUAUCAGUGUGAUUCUGGAUACAUCAUUGCCGGACCAGCCAGUCUCACAUGCAUCAUUGGGGCUGAUGGGAAACCUGUAUGGGACAAAGCUCUGCCAACAUGUAAAGCACCUUGUGGUGGGCAAUACACUGGAUCAGAGGGGGUGGUGUUAUCUCCAAAUUACCCUCUAAACUACACAACCAGCCAGACCUGUUCCUAUUACAUCACAGUAUCUGGAGAGUUUGUGGUGUUUGGGCAAUUUGCCUAUUUCCAGACAGCCAUGAAUGACUCUGUUGAGCUAUUUGAUGGGCCCAAUCAGAAUUCUAGGCUGCUAAGCUCCCUGGCUGGAUCUCAUUCCGGUAAGUAAUAGCUUUACAUUCACCCCAGUUUUGUGGCUUUGAAUUUGUUUUGGAAUGCACAAAACUCCUUAAAAAGAAGCAAACAGACAUGCAUGGCUUUUUAAAUCAGUGAAACAAACAUUUGAGCAGACAAUUAAGUAGCCAAUGAGCUCUCAAGUGUAGUUAAAUGGCCCCUUUGUGAAAGGGAAAAUACAGAGGAAGUGUGAUUUCGGUACACUUGCUAAUAGUUUUGUAUUUGUAAUUAAUUACUUACUAUUUGUGGGUCGCUAAACCAGUCA